UUGGACAAUGGGCGAAAACUCCUGGGAAGAGGUAAUUUCAACAAGUACUAGCAGUUCAACCGGCGAGUGCCCGACACCUGCAGAUGCUCUCUCCACCAUGUCCGACACCAUCGUCAUAAGAGAAAAGGAAACGGACAAAGAUAAGCGUAAUGCAAUCGCCCUGCCGCCGUCCAAAGCAGUGGAGAAUCAACCUUUAGCGGACAAGUCACUUAUGAUUCGAACUACACAAGAGCCUCACCGCAUCCUCACCCUCUGUAAUGGAGAGUUAAAAUUCUUAUCUAAGCCCAUCCCUGGAGGCGGCGCUUUCUGGCAUUGUGUUAAGAAGGAUGGCUGGUACGGAUUCCGCAAUACUGUUUCCGGUGCAUAUCUCGGCCACGACACCAAAGGAAAAAUCACAGCGACAAAACCUCAACAUGAGAGUGACGAGUAUUUCAUCAUGGAUAGGCAUGAAAAGGGUGGUUAUAUCUUACUGAUGAGAAAUGACGCCGAAUUAUUGCAAGUUUCUAUCUCGGAAGAUGGGAGGUCGUUAACCCAGCAGAAGGAGACUGGCACAUCUUGGGAUUUUAUUGACGUCCAGUAUAUUCAUCAUUCUAUGUCAAUUGCAUAUCCCAAUAUGACAACGGAAAAUCUGUAAUGUGCUUUAAUAUAGUUUGCUUUAAUUCCAUUUUAGCAGUUAUAAACGCAUUCUUUUAAGUUUAGGGAUAUCAUUAUACGCAGCAGUACUGUACCUCUACAGCAAACGGGUCUGAAAGGACUUUCGCUUGGAGACUAGGUUAGUGAGAGCCGCACGCAGUGCAGUUUCACACUCUCAGGCUAGUCGAAAGUUUUAAUAACUAGCUUUAUCUAAAAUUAAUAUUCUAUAA